GUUUCAAUCCCAUGAUGCAUCACGCCUCACAAUCGAACAGUCUGAAACAGCUGAUUGGAAAAGGAUAAACUGAUGGUUGGUUGGAAUCAGAGACUGUAAAGGUUGGAAUACUUGUCAGAUUUUUCUUUGCCGGUCGCCUUUUGUUUGCAGUUCCACCACAAAUUAGACGGAUAGCCAAAAAGGGGUUUUAUGUGUUUCCGAUUGUCUGUUUAUUGCCAGUCCACGACGGGUGUCUGUCACAAUUCUUUGCCCUGCGAUCGGGAGAUAUUCGGCCUCUAGCAACCUGAAAACAUCAACUGGUACUAUGGGAAUUCUUUAAGUUUAUGACUGUGCUGGGCGUUUAUUUGUGUGUCAUGUGACUGAAGUGAAGGAAGUGCAAUGCUUUCCACGCACACACCUGAGAAUGGGCCCGAACAAAAAGAAGUCAAACAGUGGAUAAAGAGCAAGUUGGCGCUCUCGCUCAAAGCCCUGCAGAAACGCUAUGUGACGACCGACGCCGUGGUGACCAGCGAAGACGAGGACGCUAACCUCCUCUGCUGCGCCCUGGAAGCUGUCUUUGUCCAUGGCCUCAAGAGCAAGUACAUACGGGUGGACGCCGGCGGGAGGGGCCGCAAAGCAGGGCCACGGGGACCCCUCCCCGAGCCGGUCUUCUGGACCCUGCUUAAGACUGUCACUCACCGGGACGUGGUCACGGAGCUGGAGCGGCUGAGCUUCAUCAGCACGGACGUGGGCCGCUGCCGGGCCUGGGUGCGGCUGGCGCUGAACGACGGGCUGGUGGAGUGCUACCUGGCGUCCCUGCUGCGCGAGGGCUCCAAGCUGGCCGGCUACUACCAGCCCUGGGCCCUCCUCCUGGACCCCGAGGAGCGGGAGGUGCUGCUCAGCUACCUGCAGGGCCUGGCCUCGCUCUCCUUCCAGCUGUCCUACAAGUCGGCCGUGCUGAACGAGUGGACCGUCACCCCGCUGGCGCUGGCCGGCCUCUGCCCCGCAGCCGACCCCCCGGGCGACCUCCCCCCGGGGGCGGGGCGCAACGGCGCGCCCAAGCGCAAGGAGUCCUGGGACACGGUGUCGCAGUCCUCCGGCGGCUCGGACACCAUCGAGGUGCAGCGGGGGUGCCCGGGGCAGGGCAGGGGGGUGUGCGGGAAAAGCGGGCUGACCUCCUCCAACCUCAGCCUGGACACCACGGGCUCCUCGCAGCUCUCCUCCAGCCUGAGCUCGGACAGCCUGUUGCAGGGGAACGGCCACAAGAGCCCCGACAAAGAGCCCUGGCCCUGCGACCUGGACGCCGGCCCCGGCACCGAGGACCCCAAAAGGCCUGAGAGUGAGGCUGUGCUGAUUGAUUUUGGGGAGAGCACUCAGUCCAGCCAGGACUCUAUGCACGAUGACUCCUACGUCUCCAGCCUAGCCCCAGACCUUUCAGAGACGCCGGCAUCCAGCGGGUCGGAUGGCGAGGCUCCCUGCCCCCUGACCCUCCUCACGGACGCCCCCGCCACCCAGCCCUGUGAACCCGCCCCGCUUGCCCCCGCCUCUGAGCCCUGUGACCCCGCCUCCCAGCUCUGUGACCCCAUCCGGCUCAGCCCGGCCACCAAGCCAUGUGACCCUGCCCCACAUGCCCCCACCUCUGAGCCAUGUGACCCUGCCCCACUUGCCUCCGCCUCUGUGCCAUGUGACCCUGCCCCACUUUCCCCCGCCUCUGAGCCAUGUGACCCUGCCCCACUUGCCCCCGCCUCCGAGCCCGUGACCCGCCUCCGAGCACUACAACCCCACCACCCCCGCCCCCGUCAAGGAGACGAGGAAACCUGCAGAGAGGCCAGUUUCCCUGCACUGCCCAGGGCAGAGGCCAGGAGCCCCUCCCCCCUGCAGGCCACCCUGUGCCCCGUGGAACCCACCAGACCCCAACAGUCCGGGAGUGUCCUCGGCAGGAGGACCUCUGCUGACUCCCUGCCCUCCCCCACCACUGGGCUCCCAAAAUCCAGCUCCUGGAUUUCUGAGGACGACAUCUACAAGCCACGCAUAGUGGAGACCUCCGAGCCAGAGGAGGCGCUGUGUCUCAACGCUGCACUUGUGAAUGGAACCGCAUCUCCCAUCACAGAGCCGGAGUCUCCACAGUCUCCUCCAAGUGUAGUACAUCGCAGACAAGUCGGCCUGUCGAACCCUUUCCGGGGGCUCCUGAAGCUCGGCCACCUGGAGCGGCGGGGCGCUGUGGGCAUGUGGCGGGAGUACUACUGCGAGCUCUCGCCCUUCGAGUUCCGCCUCUACCUCAACGCCGAGGAGCGCACCUGCUGCGACAACUGCUUCCUGCUGCGCUGCGAGGACAUCCGGCCGGCCGCGCCCGACGGGCGCUUCGAGCUGUCCUUCCCGGGCAAGCGCCUCUACCUGCGGGCGCCCUCCCGAGACGAGGCCGAGGACUGGGUGGACCGCGUCAUCGAGGCCGUCGCCAAGUGCCGGCCGGUCGCCCGGGACGACCAGUGGGAGGUGCUGCAGCCCUCGGACGGCGUCGAGGCCGCCCCCCCCCCGCUGCCGCCGGCGUCCUCCUCCACGCCCUCCAGCCCCGAGCGCGGGAGCCUGGAGCCGGCGGAGCAGGCCCAGCUGGACUGGACCCGGCCGUCGGAGUCCGAGGCGGACGCCAUCAAGGAGGCCGUGCUCUACCUCUCCCAGGACGAGCACUCCUGGACCCCCCUGGUCUUCUCCCUGUCCCUGGAGGCCCUGAGGGCCUUCCGGGUGCAGGACGGGCGGAAGGCGCUGCGGCACGCCUACCCCAUCGAGUCCAUCCGCGACGUGGUGCCGGACGCCUCGCUGGGAAGCCCCGCCUUCUUCAAGGUGCUGAUGUCCCGGGACACGCUCAAGCUGCGGGCGCAGGACGAGCGGGAGGCGCGCACCUGGAGGAGCCUCAUCCGGGGGGCGCUCAACUCCUACCUGGACUCCUGCGAGGACGGGGGCGCCGAGGCGGGCGGGGCCCAGGGCGGGAACAUCAACAGGCUGGUGCAGCAUAGCCUGAAGGGAGACGGCGUGCUGUUGCCCCACCUCUGCACCCUGCCCACAGAGAAGGGGCUGGACUCGCAGAACUUCAAAUGUGCAGGUUGCCCCAGGCAAAUAGGCUUCUCCUUCGGGAAGGCCCGGCUGUGCGAGUUCUCAGGGCUCUUCUACUGCGACGCCUGUCACCAGGGCAACACCAUCGUCAUCCCCUCCCGCAUGGUGCACAACUGGGACCUCGUGCCUCGAGAGGUCUCGCUGCCAGCGCUAAAGCUGCUGUCCCAGGUAGCCCGGGAGCCGCUGCUGAACGUGGAGUCCCUGAACCCGGGCCUGUGCGAGCACGCCGAGCCCAUGGCGGCGGUGCACGAGCUCCGCCAAAGACUGCGUCUCCUGGGCGACUACGUGCUGGCCUGCCGCAGCGGCAUCCGCAAGAAGAUCCAAGACAAGCUAGACCAGAGGAAUUAUUUGCUGGAGUCCUACAACCUGUACAGUGUGACUGACUUACGAGAGAUCGCAGACGGGCAGCACGAGUCCUUCCUGGGGAACCUGAUCCAGUUUGCGUCCAACCACGUCUACCACUGUGACCUUUGCACUCAGAGGGGCUUCAUCUGCCAGAUCUGCAAUGCCGACAACAUCAUCUUCCCCUUCGAGUUUCAGACCACCUCCAGGUGUAGGGUGUGCAAGUCGGUGUUCCACUCGGCCUGCAAAGAGCUGUCUCCCUCCUGCCCUCGCUGCCUCCGCCUGCAGAAGUACCUGGAGAGGGAGCUGCAGGACUGACGGCGAGGCCCCGCCCCGCCCCGCCCCAGUGCUUCCUGUCCACGCCCACGGGGCUGCCAGCCUUUUCGCCGAGCCGGCUUUGUUAGGGUGGGAGGCGGCGGCAGCGACCAUCUUUAUACAGACUAGCCUCCACAAGUGCCCUUAGGAAGCUGUGCGCACCCCCCCCACCCCAAACCGAUGCCCGCAGGCGUGAGUGGGCGUGCCGGGAGCUCGGAGCCGCCGGCUGCGCUGUCCACGGGGAACGCAGAUCAGCAGAGCUGCCCUCUCCUGUGGGUCCGCGCCGUCCGCUUCUUUCUCUUCAGCCUCUAGUAGCCAAAUGCGUCUGUGGACCGUCCGGUGACUCCGUGAGGAAGAGGAUGUCACCAGUUCUGCUUUUCCUCACAUCGUGGUUCAACGAAGCGCCAGGACUUCCUGUGUCCCUUCUUCACAGGUUGUAGUUUGUUCACUUCCUCCUGUGACAGCAACCACCCUCACACGCACAGACAUGGCAGGCAGCCAUUAUCAUCGAUAUCUAUGAAUGAUUAUUAUGCAAAUUUUACUACGAUCAAAGACCAGUCACGGGAUGGGACUAACAUGGCAGAACCAGUGGGCGCAGGGGUUAGUCCAGGGUGCCCUGUGUCUGGCUCUGGCCUUGAGUUCUGCUGCUGGGCCCUCCCGUGCUUCGGUGAAGGACGGACUAACAUGAAGGAAUCUUCUGUUUCCAUUUUACCACUGUUUCACAGAUCGCCUGUUGGUUUCUCACCGAUCUGCAGUUUCUGUCUUUUUUUUACACCAGUUUUUCACUUUGUGUAGGACUUCCUGUUUUUUAAGGAUUGUUUACAGGAUACUGAGUCCACGUAGCGCACUUUGUCCCUCGGUGGCUGUGUAAAAAACAAUUAAUUGUAUGCUUAAAUUCAUUACGCAAAAUGAAGGACAGUGCGUUUCCGGGGGUUGGUAACUGAGGUUGGGACACCUGAGUACACGUUUUUAAAAAAAUCAGCACUUGAAAAAUCUGUGUUAUAUUGUCUGAAGUAGCCUGUGCCUUUAUCUGGCUUCGUUCUUCACCAUGUGGUGUGCUGUGUAUUGAUUGUACGGUCCUGCAGCAUGCAAACCUCACUGACAUUUGUGCCAAAAAAGGACGAAAUGGAGCGGAGGCGUCGUCCCGGUUCCCACUGGCCGACCGGUUUCUCCAGGCACUGCCGGUGUAUGCGCACUUGGCGGUAAACGCUUGAAGCUCUCACUGUCCGGAGGCAUUGAAAUGGUUAAUACGUUUUACUUUUUAUGUUGUCUUAAUUCACUUGGCUUCAGUCUCUGGAAAUUUUUUUUUUUUUUUUUUUAAUUAUGCUUCAGAGAGAGCAUUGAAUUGUCUGUUAAAUUUGUUUUUUUUUUUUUUUUCCUCAUGUUGAUUGUCAACUGCCUAAUUCUGAGAAUGUAAGACUUGAUCUUUUUGUUCUGUAGCAAUGAACGAGAGUGGCUUAAGGUUCCCUUGACUGGUCAACAGAGACUCCUGCGUAUUCCUGUUCAUUGCGUGCUUGGUUCUGCUGGGACCCUACACCUGCCUUACCUGCUCAGCCGUCAGCCCUCAAGAUGACUGGCUUCAUCAUUUCAAGUCAUAGGCUCUGUUUCCGUAAAGAAAAAACUAUGUGUGAACUGUCGGCAGAGCCUGUUGUUUUGCCCAUUUAAACCAUGUCCUUCUACUGGGUGACCUCACCAAGGCAUGAAGUCUUGUAAUUGCUUUUUGCCUUUCAUUCAGACCUUUAGUAGUUUAAUGUUCCUGAUCUGAAUCGGGGAUUUGAAAGUAACACUAUGGGUUCCCACUUCUUUGCUUCUUGGAGCAGUUUAGCUCCCUGUGUGUACCAGGAGGAAGGUCGUACGUUUUGCCCGAUGACCGAUUGCAAGGUUUGAGUUGGAAAUCUAAUGAAGCAAGCCACAGGCUCGUGGAGAGUGCAGCAACUCCGUUCAACCCCAGCUGCCUCUGGCCCUCGCACACUGUGGACACGGGUCAAAGGUCAGGGUUCUCACAUGGGUAUUGUAGUCCUUGAGACCCUGCGAAGCUUGUUGUCAUGUCGUCUGUGGUCUGAAGUAAGGGAGGUCCACCACUGGCCCGUGCCUUACGUAGCAUAAGGAGGGGCCCUUGCUGUUUCUUCCUUCUUAUCACACAAACGCCACAAAGCCCAGAGCACUGUUUUGGUCACUGGUCAGGGAUUUUUGGAAAGGAAGAAACCGGGCCUGUUCUCUUACCCCCGGGAGGCUGGGUUUGGAACUGCAGAGCCUUGUGAAAACGACGGUCUCUGGUAAUAAGAGCAUUACAGCCGGUUUGGUCACGGCUACACCUGUUUACGGCCGUUCCAUUUGAAGAGCAGAAUGCUUGAUUGUGUUCCUGUUCAUAACUACCUUUCGCAAACACGCCACUUUAUUCAUGGGGUUGUGGGGAGUUUCUUUUUGCUCCAGUUGUAGCUUUCAGCAGGAUUUUAGUGUGGUUUUUAAAAGGAUGCUAAUUUUCCAACACCUUUCUAAAAGUAAGUUUGCUUCUCAGAUGUUUGGAUCCUUCUCACCGGGCUCAAUGGUAGAUUGUAGAUUUUGAAAUCAGUUCCAGUAGGAUGUAGGUUUGAGUUUAGGUUUGUUAAUCUUUUGAAAAUUAGCUAAACUUUUGUGGGGCUUUGAGCUUUUUAAAAAAUAUAUUUAAUCACUAUUGUUUAUAGAAAAUAGUCAAAUUGAUUAUUUUUUUUGCAAUAGUUUUUUUUUUUUUUUUUUUUUUAAGAAUGCGGUGUCAAAAACCAGAAUUAGUGAAACACUGAGGUUCAUCUUGGGAUGAGCUUCUCAGUUGAGAUUUCUUUAGCCCACUAGGGGGCAGCACUAAAUUGACUUUGUAUAGGAAGUGGUGCAUUUUUACUACCGUCUAUGCACAGGAUCUUGUUCUAAAAAAAAAAAACCCUUCCUGUAAUGGAAGGGUGUACCAGGCGUAGAUGCUUCUGACACCUGUUCCUCCAGUGCAGCCACCAAGGCUGAAGGCUAACCCCGUGCUCCGCAUCGCUUGGCUGCCGCCAUUCCGGUGCCGCUGUUUGCCUGGAAAGCUGAUGAGACUGCAUGUGGUGGAGGGGCUCGGCUGCUCUGUGUCAAGAAUUUCAUCUGACUGUUAGCAGGAGGCCAUCUGAUUAAGAUGUGAUUUCAAUUUUGUAAGGAUUUUUAUAUCAUAAUUAAAUCAUGAGAUAUUUAUCAUCUA